UUUACUUUUCAGUCGCAAAAAACACCUGUCAUCAAUUAAUUCCACUCAUUACAUUAUCUCACAAAAAUGACAUGAAGAACACAAAACACGUAAAAAUGGCACUCCUAUAUUUUUAUGUAAAUUGGGACCAAUUGUUAGACACUUAUUUACAUCUGCACAAAACAAUUUGGAAUAAUGUUAGUGAACGUGGUCUCGUCCGAAUAUUAAUUAUAAAUGCUGAAAGCGGACUCGGGCCUCAAACUCCUCAAAGUCGGAGGGACAGCUGAAGUGAACACAUCGCGCCAUAUUAGUUCAGACAAGAUGAAUGUCGUAGGAUACCUGAUUACGCUUGCUAAUCUCCAGAGUUUCCAAGACUCUGGUGGGCCAUUAAAGGACUUAUCCAUAAGAGUGAGUAAAGUGCAGACACUUGCAAACGAGUUGAGGAAUUACCACCCCGAGUUCACCAUUGAGGGCUUCAGACAGACCGGCUACUACCAGGUUGGCAACAUCGGCAAGUACAUGUCUCAGAACUUGCGCAACUAUCUCUUUCACGGCAACGUGAAUCCUAAAGAAGAUGGCGUCAUUCUGACUCUUAACUAUUCCAACCGAACUCAAGCAACACAAGGCUCCAUCACUGACAAAAAAGACGGGACCCUGUCUUAUUACGUACAUAAAACUGAGGAUCUUAGUAAGGACGAAAGACAGAAUCUCUACAGGUACUUGGACACUAUCAAAGGAUACAACCGCAACAAAAGAGCUGUAUUUGACAUGGUGAAUUAACACGUCACGUAGAGCUAGCAUCUGUUUUAACACAAUAGUUAGUUCACACUUGU